GGUGUUGUAGCGGUGCAGCGACGGCGUCGACGGCGGUGACGAUUGACGAUCGCGGACACCGCAGUUCUGUGCUAUAAUAAUAAUAAUAAUAACAAUAUUGUCGUUUCGCACUGAAACCGCCGUGGUGCAAGACGGCCGCCCGCGCAGACCGAACGUCGCACAGAUCGUUGUAUGAUAAAUAUAUAUAUAUAUAGGUGCUGUGCAAUAACGUGACGGAAGUGCCACCGCCAAAUACGUUCUUGUAAAAAUACACACACUGCACCGGCUGUCCGUUUCGACUGCGCCACAAACCCGGCCCGGUCAAAUGAUGCUGGACAUACUGCACCGGCACGUCGUCAGGGACAUGGACGGGUUUCCCAGAAUCUCCAACUCAGACGGCGAUUGUGGCGAAGGCCCGGCGAGUUGCGAGGGCUGCGGAACGAAGAUCGUGGACAGGUUCUUGAUGCGAGUGGGCACGAGCAGCUGGCACGAGCAGUGCGUCACAUGUUCGGCGUGCGGCGUCCCACUGGCCAAGUCGUGCUACUACCGGCACAACGGAUUGUACUGCAAAAACGACUAUGACAGACUAUUCGGCGUCAAAUGCGGUCGGUGUGGCGAGCCUUUGGGAGCCAGAGAGCUCGUUAUGCGCGCUGGCCCCAGUCACGUCUAUCACGUGGGAUGUUUCGCGUGCGUUGCUUGCAUGCAACCAUUACAGAAAGGCCAGCAGUACGUGGUCAAAGCCGGCGGUGGACAACUGUUUUGCCGUACAGACUUCGAAAAGGAAAUAUUUCUCAUGCAACAGACCGUUGGAAGUCCACAACCAGACGAUAGUCUAACUCUGGACGAGAACUGUAGGCCUCGAGACGGCCGCCGUGGACCGAAAAGACCCAGAACCAUAUUGACUUCGGUACAACGACGGCAGUUCAAAGCUUCAUUCGAAGUCAGUCCAAAACCCUGUAGAAAGGUACGAGAAGCGCUGGCUAAAGACACGGGAUUAAGUGUGCGAGUUGUGCAAGUAUGGUUUCAAAAUCAGAGAGCCAAAAUGAAGAAAAUCCAAAGAAAGAGUAAACAAGACGAUAAAAAUACGAACAAUAACAACGCGAACAAUACGGAUAAAAAUGAAACUGAGCACGCAACGAAUACCACAUCUAGCGUAUGUUCUGGAGAUCAUUAUUUGAGCUUGAGUACGCUGAGCAUGCACGACAGCAGUGACUCGAACUAUCAGAACAGCCAGCCACUGAAACCCAACAUACCGUACUCGCCCGAAGGUACAUACACCGGCGACCAUUCGGUGGACAGUUUCUGCAGUUCGGACGUGUCCCUGGACGGCAGCACCACGGCGGCGGACGAGAUCGGUUCCGAUACCAUGUCACUAGACCUGUCCGUCCACCACGGGACCCACAACCAAAACGUGCAUCACCAAAAUCACCACCAUCACCACCAUCACCAUCACGUCGGCGGUGCCGCGUCCGUGUUGCCGGGCCAGCAGAUCAACCCCAUCGACAAACUGUAUCUGAUGCAAAACUCGUACUUCAACAGCAACGACCAUUAAAUAAUAUUACCUAUAUAAUAAAUAUACACACCCACUCAUAUAUAUAUAUAUAUGUAUAUUAUGCAUAAUUAUUAUUGUUCUAUGUUAUAAUUAUCUCGUAUAUUAUAGUGCACAGGCAAUUGCAGUGUUGUUGGUAAUUAUUGCGGACUUGAUUAAUCGGUUAGGGUCCUGCCCUAUUGCCCGCCAUCACUGUUUCGAAUAUUCAUUAUAUUACAUAAAAUAUAUAAUAUAUGACAUGACCGGACGACAGACUUUAGUGUAUUUUUAGUGUCUCCGCAUUCACAAUACUCGUAUUAUAAAUCAUUCUUGUAAGACGUAUAUAAUGUUUAUAAGUCGUAAUAUUAUCAAUGAUAAUUUGUCAUGCAUUGGAACCUUUGUGGCUGUUUAUGGUCCUGUCUUAUUAUACUGUUCUACUGCAGGGUGUUACAGAAAUAACUUACAAAUACAAAAAACCACCCAUGCAAUAAAUGCUGCCCUAAUCAGUAUUUAUAAAAAUAAAGGGAUAUAUAUAUAUAUAUAUAUAUAUUAUAAUCGUUAUUAUUGAUGAUAAUUUUACUAACAUUUUUUAUUUUUAUUUUCUUAAGAACAACAAUUAUGAUUGCCAUUUCAUUGGUUACAACUAACAUUCUGUCAGUUAUUCCUGUUACACCUCGUAUAAUAUGAAUAUCAUAUACCUAAGUACUAUGUGUUGUAAACAUUGUUAUAUCAACUAUAAGACACAGGUUUUUUGACUUCAUUAUGAAAGACUGUACACGUCAUAUGCAAUUUUGAAGGAGCCCUUUACUUAUGUGCAGAGUUCAGUUAUUGCUUAAGGUCUAAUAUAUUAUAAAUGUGUUGUAAUUUCUAUAUUAUCUGUAAAUAUAUACCUAUAUAUUAUAUAUUUAUGUAAUAUAUACUUUCAUACUGUUAUCAAUGUUAUUUGUAUUUUAUCGCAUUAUUUAAUAUGAAAUUUAGAUGUAUACUUAAUUUAUAGUCAUGUAGUUUUACUGUAGUUAACUAAGAAAAUGCCCUUAAAUUAAUAUUUAUGUUAAGAAACUACCUAUAGACUAUAGUAUCUAUACAGUAUACACAUAUGUGUGUGAGUACACACACAAGCUAUACUAAUCAAUAACAAUGUGGUAUUUAUUGUGAUUAUAAUGAAUAAUAUUCAUUUGAAAUUCUUGUAAAAAAUCUCUCGUGAAAUUAAUUUUAUGUUUACUACUAUUUAUAAAAUGUAUGUAAUCUUGUAAACUUAUUUAGUGCACUUAAAUCGACAAGUUGGGCAACAUUUUAGGUAGUUAAUUAAUAUGUGAAAAUACAGUGUAAACGAUUAAUGAAAUCGUAAAUAAAAAAUGCUAAUCAGAAUAUAUUAUGUAUACAUUGAUGUA